ACGGCGGACGGCCUCUCGAGUUACCAUUGUUACGUAAUUUCCCUGCAUCUUCGAUUGGCUCUGCGCGAGAAACAAGGAGAGAGAGAAAGAGAAACGAGGGUUCCUUUUUUAACCGCCAUGACGUCUCGAAGACGUCUCUCCUCUUGAAAUCCAAAUCGACAGAGAAAAAGUCCAGUCUCCAACCUGCGGAUGCGGAGAUCGAGCAACCGAGGUCUUCCGGGCUGGAGCAAAGAGGAACGAAACGACUUUUCUAGGGUCCUGCACUUUCGGAGCGACCGCCAGAUCUCGUAAGGAUAUCCUCCUCUUUGGCCACUAGGAGGACCUCUUCUUGGACGCUCCAAAUGGAGAGCCGGAAAUUGGACUACGUCCGUAAUACCUAUGAAACGCUCAAAGAGAUACACCGUUCGCCUUUCUCGUGUAACUUCUUUACCCACGACAAACGGCGGAAGAACUUUACGAAAUUGUCAUCCCUUGCCAGGAAUUUCUUGGCCUCGUGGGAGCGACGAGGACGAUUUUUCCGACGAGGUUGCGAGGAUGAUGCCAAAAUCGAGGAGGAAGACCCUUGAAAAAACCAAAACGUAAGGAUUGGCCCCCAAAGGAGAACCGCGUAAAAAUGUCAUGUCUCGCAGACGUUUCGCCUGAGUCGUCAGGACUAACGCACCCUCGUGUCCUUAAUCACGUCGACGAGACAUUGCAUUUCUAGACGGCUUGAAUUAUGAAGUCAAAUUGAUAUCUAACAACCAUGGAAGCCUCGAGACCUUAAGAUGGCGUGAAAGUGGUCAAUCGUUUGUGAAACUUUUCUCCGAGCUGGAUGUACCGUGCACAACUCUACAACGAGAAUAUGGAGGCCGGAAUACGCGAUUUGGAGAAAAGUUUCAUAAACGAGUCCUCUGACGCCACUUUCGUCCCAGCUCGAUAGAUCAAGACCCCCCACGACUCGAGCGUCACUGUGUCACUCAGCGCCGACGAAGUACACUGUUCACUCCGCGUAAUCCUUGGGGAGGAUGUUCCCCAUCCCGGACACUUGGUCCCACUUCCGAUUAAGGUGCCCAGGACCGAAAAUCGAGACUCGGAAGUCCCUGGGCGCACCUGCCUCGCCGUUUGCACCUGCAGGAUGGGAAACCCCAAGACUCGGUCCAACUUCCUGUCUCCACUUCCGACCCAGGGUCUCUACUUACCAUGGUUAGAGCCGGUUUCUGAGAGGAUGGUGCGAGAUGGUCACGACGAACCAACUGUCCAAGUAAUAGAGGCGGUGGAGGCGAACCAGUCGACGUUCAGGAUGAACUUUGUCACCAGGCAGGUGGUCCACACUGCCAGGAGGUACAAGAAGUGCACCACUAAGUACACGUCUCUGUGACUUCGACGGAACUCUUCGGGCUCGACUUCAAGCUGCGCCUCUUGUCUCGAAAUCCAGCUGAGAAGGGAAACAAUGGAACAUUUACCCUAUUUUCCGGUUUUGGGUAAUGAAAUAAUGAUUCUGAAUGCGGUACCAUCCGACGUGUCUGGUUGCCACGACCUCGCCGCUGCAAUUACGAGGUGCUGGUCAAUCGGGGAAUUAUUCGACCCCGAAUAAUUAAUAACUAUCUGUUUUAUUUAUUUACGCUGCCCUGGCGCUGGACACUCUGUGCUGAUACGCGAGAUUCGCCAGAAAGUCCGGAUCCCACAUGCUUCUCUUCUUCGCGGAUCCGCGGUAUCUGUAUAAACGGAACUUUCAGAUUUCAUAUUAAGAAGUUAUGAAAGUGGCAACCGAAAGCUCAAUCGUUUAUGAAACUUUUCUCCGAAUUGGGUGCAUCAAAUCGUUUCUAACUUUACCACGUUAAUAUGGACUGCAUUAAUUAAUUUUGCGUUUAAACUAUAUUAAUUAACAGAUUUCUCCGAUAUUCGUUUAUGUCGACUUACGAGCACUUAGUGCACCGACGCGUGCAAAUUUCUUCUCGCAUCUUAUCAUCGCUCUUUGUGGAAUUGCGCCGUCUCUGCGGUCUCUUUUGUCGGCUGUCUUUUCCGUCUCGGCUAGGAAAUUUUCCCGAUGACGUGUAAAUAUUAUACGUGAUUACUGUAUAUCGGUCUGAUUAGGGAAAAUUAUUACUCGAGCCUUUCGUCGCAUCCGUCGAGGACGUCGGCGGUGCUUCUCGGGAAUUUCGCCAGGAACUUGAAGGCAAGCAACGUCUUCAGGGAGUCGACGAGACUCCGGAGCCGGGCGCUUUUCCAGACCAUUUUUCCACGCACGAUUAAUUUUCCCGACGCUUAACGAGGUUAUUUUCCCUCCCCCUGGGAGAUAGCGAAGCUCGACCUUUUUCGGUGUUUCCUUGAAACUGGCGACGCUCGAGCUCGUUUAAAGGGUGCAAAAUAAGUGCCGGAGGAAUUCUCCCGGAAAUAUCGGCCACUGGGUUUCCCACCCUCUGGAGCGUUCCUCCAAAUAGCGGAUAGCGACCCGGGGAAAAAUGAAAUAAGCAAUUGGGUCAGUUUCCACCCAGUCACCAGGAACGAAGAAUUAUGAGCACUUUAAUGCGGAGAAAUUCUCCACCGGGCGGAGUUCCUCCCCUUUCAUUUUCCCUCUUUUUCCCCCAUUUUCGGCUUUUCCUUUUGCCCGCAAAUCGCGCCGGGUAAAGGCGUAAAGGCCGAUAGAGCGGUAAUUUAACUUCCGCGAAGGCUCGAGCAAAGAUUUCCCUUUAAUGUUUAAUUUCCUCUUGUUUCUCCUCGUCGUCUUAUCCGUCCGAUUGUUGACGGGGCGCCAUUACUCGGGAUUAUUUUAUCCUCCUCUCCUUAAUGAAUCCGUCGAGGAGAUUACCUCGUUGCACCGCGACUCGUUACCACGUCUUCGGGAUCGUCGACUGGUAAAUCCGUCACGGUCGGUAAGUCAGCUCUUGACAGAAGUCGAAUUGACAGCGCCAGGUGGAGGAUGGACGGCCAAGAGCACGAAAGUGAAACCUUCGUUUGCACGGAGGAAGACACGAAUACCUAUCAAGAGGGACGUGAUGAAGAAUCGAGCCGGCCCAAAGUGGCUGCUAAUGACGAAGUCAUUUGGCAAAAUGAUUGCAAUUAAUGGAGGCGCGAGUUGGCCGACGACGGACCCCGAAGAACAUCUAUAAGAGCGCGCUUUACGAUGAGAUGCAUCGCCAAGGAAUUUUUUCGUAUACUUCAUGCAUACGUAUGACGACGUACCGACAUUUGCAGGUCGCUGCAACGUCGAUAAGCAGGGAAACCGAGCCUGCCGAGCACCGGUGACCGGUUUCGGGGUCAUCGUUCUCCGAUUCUCAUCGACUCCCACCACCAUCUCCAUGACCAUGAGUGAAAUAAGAAAGUACAAGUCGGUUAUACCGUUUCUCGAGGUGAGAGCCACAGUUCUGGACAAGGCAGGCAACGGGACGGAGGAAUGUUACCGAUCAUCCGUCCCGAGGAAAAUAUCGAGCAAGUCGAGGAUGCGAUAAACCAGGAUUUGUCCUGCAGAGAGCAUGGAGUGGCUCCUGCUCUUGCUGUUCGCCGUGAGUGGAGACGCACUCAGACUCGCGGCUUACGUUUCUUCCGGGGGCCUUCACGGUGAGAUAUGGUUCGAGAGUAGCUCGAAGGACGGCGUGAAAAUCCGGCUGGCUUUGCAAACCACUCUUCAGUACCCGGACCAGCAAUGGCUCUGGUCGGUCAUGGAGUUCCCGGUGGAGUACACCAUGACGAAUGGGAGGUGCGACGAGCGACGUCUCGGGGACACGGUCCUCGACCUGACGGAACUCGUUGGUCCCCUGGAGAUGCCUGGGAACGAGACAGGAGUAGUCGAGGUCCCAGGACUCAGCCUGGCAGGGGAAAAAGGGCUCUGGGGGAAGAGCCUGCUCCUGAGGGACACCUACAGCCCUAGAGUCAUUUGUGCCUCCAUUACGGUUCUGGAUAAAAAUGCGGAAAAACUGGCGGAGGCGCGUUUCUUCGGCGCGGUAGCUGGAACCGUAUGGUUCCGAUGGUUGGGAGGCCAAGCUGGAGACAACACCAGCGACACUAUUAUUUAUGCUAAUUUGCACCAUGUCUCGAAUCGUGGACUAAAGGGGGCGGAUUUCACGGAGCACCAUUGGAAGAUCUACGUCACCGACAUCUUCGACAUGGGGAAAGAAAAGGGAGACGACAACUGCAACGUAUUGCAGACGGUAUUCGACCCCGACAACGCAGGAUCGUCGAAAUCAAUCGGCGAUAUCGAUUCUCGCUUGGGGAAGAUAAAAGUGGCGGUGGAUUCGAGGAAGUCGUCGAAAAAGCUCUACAGAGAUCCGGAAUUGUCCUUGCUCCCAGCCGAUCUCCUAGGACCUCAUCGUUUGCUGUACCUUGUCGUCUUUCAUCCCACCCAUGACGACUCUUUCCUGGCCUGUGCCAGGAUCAAACACCAUAGACCGAUAAUCGCUAAGGCACUCGUGAACUCUCUUGGGGUCAAAGGAGAAAUGACGUUGACCCAGGAGACCCCGUUCAACCCGACGUGGGUCAACAUUUCCUUGACCACGAACAACGAUCUCGAGACUAGACUCAGGUACGCCACCAAGAUCGCAGCCUACAGGAUCCACGAAUUACCAGAGGAGCCAGGAAGGUCCUUGAAGCAAGACAAGGAGCCUUGCACGACGACGAAGAGGAUGUACAAUCCCUUGAACAUCGAGGAGAAGAGUUCUCCUCCACCAGGAUAUGGAACCCAGGACCAGUACGCGAUCGGCGAUUUAUCCGGGAAGCUGCAAGGACGCAAGGAAGGAUUCUACCACAAUGACAUUCUCCCUGGGAGUGCGAAAUUAAGCGGCAUUUAUUGGGACACGUACUUACCCCUUUCCGGUGUACACAGCGUCGUGCACAGGUCCCUCGUUUUGCACAAGUACAACGAAACGGACAACAAAGGAGUGAUCCCAUGGGUGUGUGGAUUCUUCGCCCAUCACCUGCCAAAUAACGCCGGGCAGAUAUCGAUGACGACCCUGGAGGUGGUCUUCAGGUACCCCAUAAUAGGGAGGAUCAUCUUCAGGCAGGCCAAACACGAGCGGUUGAUGGACACCACCGUGAUAGUAGAAAAUCUGGUCCAUGCAGAUGGCAGCGCGGUGAAUAAUUCGGCGGGUCACAGGUGGAUGAUCCACGACGACCCUCCUGGCAAGGACUACUACAACUGGACCGGGAGAUGUCUGUCUGCAGGUGGUCCAUACGACCCUUACAAGGUCAACUUGGAUCCUGACCAUCCGGAGAGGUGUACCUCGGAGGAGGUGACUCUGUGUCGACUGGGCGAUCUAUCGAGACACGGCACUCUCGAGAUCGCGGGCACCAAGUUGCGAGGACCUCAGGUGUCGAGGAGAUUGUUCACCGACUCGAUGCUGCCGUUGGCCGGGUCCAGCAGCAUCCUCGGAAAGAGUUUGGUCAUCUACGAUGACCACGGUCCGGUCGCCAGAGGCGAGCGACUCGCUUGCUCCAGAAUCAAUACCGUCUAUAGAAGAAAGGCGGUGGUGAAGGAUUGGUUCGGGAACGGGGAGGAGGCGACGGUGAGGGGAAAGUUGGAAAUAAUCCAACAAAGCGAAUAUGAUGUCACCGACGUCGAGGUCGAUCUCGAAGGCUUGAACGGGAAGAUGAGAGGGUAUCACGUCCACACGACGCCAGUCGAGAUAGAUCUGGCAUUCCCUUGCGAGGGUACAUCGUUGUACGGUACCUGGAAUCCACUGAACGUGAACAUCCUGAAGGUGCCUCCACCAGGGGAGGGUACCACCGAUCAGUACGAGAUGGGCGACCUCAGUGGGAAAUUUGGCACUCUGGAGAACAGGAAGAGAUAUCGUGCCGUCUAUAACGACACCAUGCUUCCUCUGUUUGGUCCCAGGAGUAUCCUGGGACGGAGCGUGGUCAUCCACAAAAAGGAUAAGGACCUCAGGUGGGCAUGCUCGACCAUAGAGAGAGGAUAUGCACCUUCGGAAGCUCGGGAGUUAAGAGCCAUCGCAUCCUUCCAUCAUCCCCAGGGAUUCGCGUACGGAUACAUAAGGAUGACGCAACUGGUGUACAGAGACGACAGCAAGAGCGAAACCAUAAUCGAGGUGAAUCUCCACCAUCCUGGGAAGCACGAUCGGAAUGUGACGAGGAACCAUAAUUGGGCCAUUUAUGUGAACCCCGUGGGCGUGGACGCCACCGUGAAAAUCAAGGACACUCGAUGCGUGGCCGCGGGUUACCGGUGGAAUCCUUAUUUCACCCAGCUGGCGGAUCCUCUGAACGAAGACCUCUAUCGACAAGAGUGUGGUCCAGAUCUGCCAUUGAGAUGCCACGUGGGGGACGUCUCCGCGAGAUUAGGACCCAUCGACAUCGGCGUGGAGAGGCGCGUCUUCACGGACCAAAACUUCCCCCUGGAGGGCCCCGUCUCCGCAAUGGGGAAAUCCAUAGUGAUCCUGGAUAAGGACCUGGGCAACGACCGAUUUGCCUGCGCCAAUAUCGAGCCUGACAACGACAUCGUCAAGUACGCGAACAUCAGGAAGCCGCCUCGAUUCGUCGUGGCGCAGUUCCUGGAGGACGUGAGGAAGGUCCUGGGCGUCCCCGAGUGGAUGCUGUCCAUCGACGGCAGAAGAACGAAGAUCCUUCACAGUGGUGGCUGCGUGCAAUUCCUGAUGCAUUUCAAAGGACCCAUCGCCAAUAAACUCGAGCAGGACUUCAGCAAACUCAUAUCCACCGGAAAACUGGAGGCCCCGAGCUUAUACAUUCCAGGAUACACGCCGAUGAAGAGGAAGAGCUCGCUGGGGUACCGGCAAUGUGGAACCAGAGACCCGAACGACAAAAGUUUCAGCUUCUUCAGCAACGCCGCACCCUCCCUGACGCGCCUUCAGCCGUCGUUUUUCCUGCCUCUAGGAUUAAUCAUGGGAGUCCUGCAAGCAGUCCAAUACCCAUGGAACGUGUAGGGAAUUUUUACAAGAUGUUAGGUGUCACGAUUGACAUCGGACGAGGUCCUGGAACCUGACGCCCCGAAGAGUGUCACGAUCCACCAAGACUACGCGAUUGAAUGUACAUUUCCGAGCUCUAGGAUUAAUUAUGGGAGUGUAGAGAAUUUUUAUAAGAUACCGGAUGUCACGAUUGGCACCGGACGAGGUCCUAGGAGCCUGACGCCCCGAAGAGUGUCACGAUCCACCUAGACCAUGAGAUUGAAUAUACAUUUCCGAGCUGACAGCA